AUGCAGCGGGACCCCAGGCUGCUGAGGAGCGUGGUCCGUGUGGCCAGAGUCCGGCAGCAUUUGGCCAUGGAGGAGGCGACCAGCGCUGCGGGUCCCGACCACAAGCAGCAGCAGCAGCAACAGCAGCAACAGCACGACCACACCGUCACCGCGGCCAUCGUCAUCAUUGGAGAUGAGAUCUUAAAGGACUCCCCCAACUCCUCCACCUGUGCUCGCGCCUGCGCUCUCUGGGGCGUGCGGGUGGAGCGUGUGUCGGUGCUGCCCGACCGUGUGGGGGCGAUCGCGGCCGAGGUGCGCCGCCUCGCCGCCCGCCACCGCUACGUGCUGACGUCGGGCGGCGUGGGCCCGACGCACGACGACGUGACGUUCGAGGGCGUGGCGCGGGCGUUCGGCGAGGCCGUGCGGCCCCACCCGGAGCUGCUGGCCCUGCUGCGGCGCACGCGCGGGGCCGGGGGCGAUGACGUCGGGGACGAUGACGUGAGGGUCGAUGACGUGAGGGUCGAUGACGUAAGGGUCGAUGACGUCAGGGUCGAUGACGUCGGGGUAGAUGACGUCGGGGGCGAUGACGUCAGGGUCGAUGACGUCAGGGUAGAUGACGUCGGGGGCGAUGACGUCAGGGUCGAUGACGUCGGGGUCGAUGACGUCGUCGCGGCCGAUGACGUCAGGGGCGAUGACGACGACGAUGAAAAAGGCGCGCAGGAAAACAAAAUGGCGCUGGUGCCGUCGUCCGCUCGCCUCCAUUACGGGCGCGACCCGCUCACCGGAGCCGCCUCUCGUUACCCUCUCGUCAGCGUCCACAACGUCUACCUCUUCCCCGGCGUCCCCGCCCUGCUGCGGCGGGCCAUGGCCGGGCUCCAGCACCUCUUCCACAACCCGGCCGUCACCUACCUCAGCCGGGAGCUGCUGGUCGACGCCGACGAGGCCGACAUCGCCCCCGCCCUGAGCCGGGCGGCCCGGGCCUUCGCGCCCGCCGUCGCCGUCGGCUCCUACCCCGACUGGAGCAGCAACUACUACCGGGUGCGGGUCACCCUCGACGCCGAGCGGGAGGAGCCGCUGGAGGAGGCGAAGCGAUUCCUGGCCCGGAGCCUCCCGCCCGGCGCCAUCGUCCAGCCCGAGAGGCAGCCCGUGGCGGCGGCUGCCCGGCAUGUCUACCGGCUGGCCCUGUCUGAAUCUCGGCUGGGGCAGAAGGUGGCAGCAGCUCUGACUGUGGUGGAGGAGGCUCUGGCUAAGUACGGUCUCCCCGAGCUUUGCGUGGGAUUCAACGGGGGAAAGGACUGCACUGUCCUUGUCCAUCUCUUCCACGCCGCCGUCAGCAGGGCAAACCCAGACACCAGCCAUCAACUGCAGGCUCUAUACGUACGCCUCGUUUCCCCCUUCCCUGAAAUGGAGGACUUCAUCCAGGAGACCUGCAAGAGGUACAAUCUCCAGCUCUACACGGUGUGUGGGAACAUCAAGGAGGCGUUGACGGACCUGAAAGAGCAGCAGCCCGGCAUCAAGGCGAUUCUGAUGGGGACCAGACGCACGGACCCAUACUCCCGCACCCUCAGCCCCAUGUGCUCUACUGACCCCGGCUGGCCCGACUACAUGAGGGUGAACCCUCUCCUGGACUGGAGCUACCAUGAUAUCUGGGAGUUUCUGCGUACUCUCUACAUCCCGUACUGUGUCCUUUACGACAGAGGGUACACAUCUCUGGGAAGUAUGGAGAACACGACAAAGAACCCAACCCUGCGCUACGUGACGGACUUGGGCGUGGAGCGUUACCGGCCCGCGUACCACCUGCAGGAGGAGGCUGAGGAGAGGUCCUCGCGAACCUGAGCCCACCCGCGGGACCCUGACUGAGCUCUUAACCCCACUAUCCCAAACCCCAUAACCUCUGACCCUCCUCCCACCCUAACCUCUGACUCCCAAACUCUGACCCCUCCAACCCUAACCUCUGACUCCCACCCCCUAACCUCUGACAACCCACCCUUCCCCCUGAACUGACCCAACUUCAAACAACCUUUCCCCACCCCUCAGACUGGGUUUGUUUCUCUGCCCGGACCCUGUCCCCCUCACACCCCCCCUCCGCUGCUAAUACCCGCCUCAGAAGUUACCAGGGAUAGGGAGAAAGAAUGAGGGGGCAGGGCGAACGAGAGGGGGUAGGGAGAAUGAGAAUGGUA